AUGCUUGAGCUCAGCACGAAUAUAAAUUGCUAUUCUACAAAUUUUACAAAAUGUAGGGAAAGUGAUUUAACACCGGCAGUGGUGGUUAAUAAGAACUUUGAAGAGUUUAAGAAAAUUAAUAACAAGAUUUAUACACGAGCUUAUGAUGAACUACGUGGCUAUAAAGCGUAUGAAGAAAAUACAAAAUUUAUUAGCGAGCAUAAUAAGUAUUAUGAGAAGGGCGAGAGUACAUACCGUCUUGCUGCAAAUACAAUGUCUGACAUGAACACAGAUUCUUACUUGAAAGGCUACUUGCGGUUAAUUCGAAGCCAGGCAAACUCUUCCAUAGAUAACAUAGCUGACAUUGUUGGAUCAACAUUAAUGAAUAAUAUUCCUGAAAGUUUUGACUGGCGAAAAAAAGGUUUCACGACAUCAGUGCAAAACCAACAAAGCUGUGGUUCUUGCUAUGCCUUUAGCAUUGCCGAAAGUAUUGAAGGACAGAUAUUUAAGCGCACUGGUAGGAUUCUUGACUUAAGUGUGCAGCAAAUUGUUGACUGCAGUAUAUCAUAUGGCAACCAAGGAUGUACAGGGGGCUCAUUGCGAAACACUCUUAAAUAUUUGCAAGCAACUGGGGGUCUAAUGCGAUCUGACGACUACAAAUAUACAUCAAAGAAAGGCAAAUGUCAAUUUGUAAGGGACCUUUCAGUAGUGAAUGUAACCUCAUGGGCCAUUUUGCCGGUUAAUGAUGAAAGCUCUAUCCAAGCAGCUGUUGCACAUAUUGGUCCAGUCGCAGUGUCCAUAAAUGCAACCCCAAAAACAUUUCAAUUAUAUAGUGAUGGUGUUUAUAAUGAUAUUAGCUGUUUAUCGACAUCGGUGAAUCAUGCAAUGCUUGUUAUUGGAUUUGAUAAGGAUUUCUGGAUUCUGAAAAAUUGGUGGGGAGAGCGUUGGGGCGAGAGCGGCUAUAUGAGAAUGCGCAAGGGAAUUAAUUUGUGCGGUAUUGCAAAUUAUGCUGCUUACGCUAUAGUGUAG